GAGUGAAGGAGCUCCCUGACCUCAUGGGCAAGCUUGAUGAGAUGGGUCUGACACACGAGUACAUCGCCUACCGCGAACGAUACAUGGCAUGGCGGACCGGGGAUGCCCAUGGAGCAGACGGGGAGCUACGAGCAGAUAUGCAUCAGAAAGCAGCAGGGUUCGGCUUCUGGUACCCCUCUCUGGAGGUGUGGCAGUGGCGAAGGACUUUAUCCUACUGGAUUGCAGUGACAUUCUUCGAAGGUUCAAUCUUCUUUACGCUUUCCUCGUUCCUUUGGUGCUAUGCAGAGGAGCUUGGCACCAUGAAGCCAGCCCUGACGAAGUGGGGCUACGUAGGUGGAAAGAUCAACUUCAUUGUAUGCACUUACCUGAUGUGCAUUGAAACGAUCAAUCUGACGGCCGACCACGAGCAGCAGAGGCGAACAACCAUCGACAAGCUCACAGGCUCAGCUGUUGCCGGAGGGGCGUCCUCGUCGGAAGACGAGUCCACAACCCAUGACAUCGACGAAGAUCUAUCAGAAUCGGACGGCCCAGGCUGGGAAUGCCUGGGUGAGGGCGAGGGGCAGAGGCGGAAGACUGCACUCCAUGCCGACCGCUUCUACCUGAAUCCGUUCCGUGCGCAGAAGGCGCUGAGAAACCUGAAGAGAUUGGGUUGUGGACCAUGGCCUUAUUGGGCGUCUCUGAUCUAUCUCUUAGGCGUCGUUGCUUUCACCGUAGGCUUGGUGGCAGAGUUUUGCACCUUCCUGCCCCACGACGUGAUGGAAUGGACGCUGCUGACUCUCAGCAGGUUUUUUCGAGCUCUUUAA